GUAAAAAUUAUGAAAUGUUUAAAUUAUUUGAUAUUAAUUGUGAUUUAUGUUGUUUUGAUAGACGCUCAAUCAUAUGAUGCAUCUGACGAAGAAGAAGCAAAUACCGAAGAAAUCCCAACAGAGCGUACAAAUGUUUUAGAAACUAUAAAUGUUCCAAAAAGUCAACAUACAUUUGGUAAACCAAUCACUGUCCUAGGCUUUACAGAUGAUUUCAAUAUAACUGUUGACUAUGACAAUUUGAGGAAAUUACUUUUGCAUCCAGAAGUUCAAAAUCGAAAGGCUGUGACAGUCUCAAUAAUUGGAGCUUUUCGAAAAGGCAAAAGUUUCAUUAUGGAUUAUUUUCUCCGUUUUUUGUAUGCUAAGUACAAAUCUAUAAACAAUAUGAAUGAGAAGAACAGAAAUGCUAAUUGGAUGGGAAAACCAUCGGAUCCACUCACAGGAUUUUCAUGGAAAUCAGGAUCAGAAAGACACACGUCAGGUAUUGUUUUCUGGUCUGAUGUGUUCCUGUAUGAUGCUUUGAAUGGUGAAAAGUAUGCAAUUUAUUUGAUUGACACGCAGGGACUUUUCGACACCAGAACACCACUUCAAGAAAACAUCAAAAUUUUUGGACUUGGAACUUUGAUCUCGUCUUUACAGAUUUUCAACUUAAAUGAUGUAAUUCAAGAGGAUCAGCUUCAAUAUCUUCAAAUGGCAACGGAUUAUGCAAGAUUCGCUGUUACUGAAAAUAAAGCAAAGGGUAUCAAAGGAAUUAAAGCAUUCCAAAACCUUUUGUUCCUUAUGAGAGAUUGGAAGAAUGUUGAAGAAUUCAAUUAUGGUCUUGAAGAUGGUCAUCGUUACUUAAUGGACGUUUUACAGAUUGAAGAUGAUCAACCACAAGCUCUACAAGAAGUUCGGAUGUAUAUUCAGUCAUCAUUUGAAAAGGUUUAUUGCUUUUUGAUGCCUCAUCCUGGAUUGAAAGUCAUUAACAAUAAAAAGUACGAUGGUCGAUUCUCGGAGAUGAGUGUUGAUUUUAGAAAUGAAUUGAGUAAUUUAGUUAAAUGGCUUUUUGGUCCAACAAAUUUAAAAGCCAAAAAAGUUUUUAAUGAGGAACUGACAUCAAAGAAACUAUUUCAAUACAUGCAAUCUUACUUUGAAGUAUUUCAAAUGGACGCACCAGAAGUUGAGUCAAUUUAUAUUGCAACAGUAAGUUCACACUUAAAAGGACUGGUCGAUUCAUAUUUAACGGAAUUUCAAAAUGAAAUUUCUCAUCAAGUUGCUCUAAACUCUUCUGAUUCAAUAGCUAAUCUUGAUAGUGCUUACACAACAAUCAAAGAAACUAUUCUUGGGAAAUUCAAAGAAGCAAAAAAGAUGGGAAAUGAGCAGCAAGAAGAAAAGUUUUUCAAAAUUUUAAGUUCCAAAAUUGAUGAAUUUUAUAAAGAUUUCAAGAAACAUGCAGUUAACAAUCACAAAGCAUAUGUUGAAACAGUUGCUCGUGCCGAACAGGAAAAAGCAUUAUUCGAGCAAGAACUAGACAAGGUUUUACAUUCCAAUCGAACCCAACUAGCAAAAGAAAUUCAAGAGCUCCAAGAAGAUUAUAAGAAUAUAGAGGCACAGUUUGCUACAUUAAAAGAUAACUUAGAAGCAUCAAGGAAUGAAUUAUUGCAAAAUGUCAUCAAUGAUCAUUCGCUGUCCCUUGAACAAAUUGAGCAGUCAAAACGUACAGUCGAGGAAGCUUAUCAAUUAAAAGUUCGAGAAUUCGAGCUGGAAGAACGAAAACGUGCUGAGCUCUUUGAGAGAAAUUUGAUAGAAAAACAGAAUGAGAUGUACUUUAGAGAGCAAGCUUUAAUUGAACAAGGAAAAAAAGUUGAGGAAAGUCUUCAAAAGCAAGAAGAAAUGAACAACAGAAAUUGGGAAAAAGAACAAGCAAUGAAGAUGGAACAAAUAAAGUUUGAGAGCAUGAUGGAGGAACGACGAUUUGCGCAAGAAAAUAUUAGACAUGCAAAAGAGAUGGAAGCAGAUCAAGCAGCACAAAUGUUUGAAAAAGAAAUGAUGGUAUUGAAGAUGAAUAGUGAAGAAAAACUAAAAGAAUAUGAGCUAAGAGCUGAAACAAUCAGACAACAAUCAUCAAUGCAAACAAAAGCCAUAGCAGCAGAGAAUGCAAAGCAACAACAAAUGCUACAGAUGGAGAUGUAUAGAAUUGAGCAACAAAGUAAAUUAGCAAGUAAUGCACAAUCUCAACAAAAUUUCCAACAUCUUCUUCAAUCAGUAGUGCAAUUCGCUCCUCUUAUCGCUUCUGCAGGAAGAUCAAAUAAUAAUCCUGGAAUGUUGCAAAAUCAAUAUGGUUAUUCUAAUCCACUAAUGCACUCAUCAUACCAAAAUCAACACAUUAAUAGUGGAAUGGGUUCCUUAGGCUUUAAUGACAUGAAUUCUCAAAUAACAAAUGGUAUGGGCUCCAUGAGUUAUAACAAUAUGAAUCAUCAGUUAACAAAUGGUAUGGACUCCAUGAAUUAUAACAAUAUGAAUCCUCAACCUGAAAUGAAUUCGCAAACUUAUAAUAAUAUGAAUCCUCAGCAUACAAAAAUAAUGUCAAAUGGAGGACAAGGUUCAAUCUAUUAA